AUGGAUGUCAAGCAGCCGGAGCGCAGCCCUGCGCACCUCAGCGACGAGGAGAAGAUACCCGUCGAGCACCCCGAAAAUGCGCGCGCUAAAGUCGAAAUCCCCAUCUAUAACGACGUAGAACGCGUCGACCAAACCGACUUGUCUUUCGCUGCAAUUCUUAAAGGCACAGCCGCAAACCCGCUCAACACCUUUGAGAAGAAGGCCGCCCUCAUCAAUGUCGAGCUCGAUAAAUUUGGAAUGGGCAGAUACCAGAUAUGCAUCUGGUUCCUCUGUGGCUUUGGAUACUUCCUUGAUCUCGCCUGGUCACAAGGUGUUGGUUUAAUUGCUUCUGCCAUCUACCAAGAGAUGGGAGUUUCGGACGAACACACUGGAGAUAUAUUUGCGAUCGCUAACGCAGGACUUGCUGUCGGUGCGCUCGGCUUUGGUCUUGCUGUGGAUAUCAUCGGACGCAAAUGGGCUUUCAACUUGACUUGUCUCAUUACCUCCGUAUUCGGACUCUUGCUGGCCGCACCCAAGUACAACUACCCUGCGAUAUGCGCCAUCUACUUCCUCGCGUCAUUGGGCCUCGGAGGUAACAUACCUAUCGAUGCGACCAUCGCGCUUGAGUUUCUACCUCAUAACCGCCGCUUCCUUGUCGCGCUUCUUUCCAUGUGGCAGCCCAUUGGUGUCGCCAUUGCCUCUUGCAUUGCCUACGGCACCACCGGCCAAGCUAAAUGGCGCUGCGAUCCCGAAGCGCCGGCUUGUCCAGACGUCGAGCCUGGAGUUGCUUGCUGUACCGUUGACAGUAACAUGGGAUGGCGUUACACUGUCAUAGUGCUUGGCUGUAUGACCUUGGCCGUCUUUUUCCUUCGGUACUUCGUCUUCACUUUCCAUGAGUCCCCGAAGUUCCUGCUUGCGCGAGGAAAAGAGCAGGAGGCCCUUGACGUCCUUCACAGGAUUGCGAAAUUCAACAAGCAGCCAGCCCCAACGUUGACUAUGGAGAUGUUUGCCGCCAUAGAUGAGGUAUCGUCCAAUGCCACGUCAAGCGCACGACUUUCCACUGAAGUACCUCGAACUACUCAGGCUACCCAGGCUACCCCCGAGAAAGGCAAUGGGCUUCAGCGCCUUAAGGGCAUUUUCACCAAAAAGCCGAAUGCCACAUCGAGCGCACGAAACUCCCCUCGAAGUACCAAGGAUACUACCAAGAAAGUCAUCAAAGGAUUCGGCAAGGAGCUUACGCGCCUCAAGGGCAUUUUCACCAACAAGCUGACCGCUUUCACUUUCGUCUUGCUUGCGCUGGCAUACAUGGGAGACUACUGGUCCUUUAACCUGGCGGGUACCUUCCUGCCGCUUAUCCUGCUACGCAACAACGUCGAUGAAGGCCGAGGAACUGUGAGCGACACCUAUGAGCAGUACCUGAUUAUCUAUUUCCCGGGUAUCAUAGGUGCCAUAUUGGCUCUUGCGUCCAUUCAGCUGCCUCUUGUGGGUCGAAAGUGGUCACUGGUCUUUUCUGCCCUUUGCCAGGGUAUCUCCAUGGCAAUGUAUACUCAGGUGUCUUCGACCGCUGCUUAUGUGGGGUUGAACGCAUUGGAGUACAUUAUGCAAACCUAUUUCAAUGCGGUCUUGUACGCGUCUGCGCCGGAGCUCUUCGACACUGUCUACCGUGGUAGUGUGAGUGGCAUGCUUUCUUGUCUCGGUCGCAUCGCAGGAAUUGUCGCACCCUUUGCGGGGGCUCAGCUCCUGGCCGAUCAGAGCUCUGGCAUCCUUUGGCUAGGUGCUGGUGGUAUUUGGCUAUCUGCACUAUUGAUGUGCUUCUUGCCUGUGGAGAUGAAGAACAGGCAGAUGUUCUAA